AUGUCUCAGCCAGCGGGAUAUCAGGGACCGCAGAGCUUCGGAGAAGAUGGGCACACACACGCUUUCGAUUUCACCGAGCAGAGCAUUCGGAGGGGUUUCAUACGGAAGGUUUACGCAAUCCUCAUGUGUCAGCUGCUGAUAACAAUGGGCUUCAUCGCCCUCUUCCUUUUCCACGAACCGACGAAGCGUUGGGUGGCGCAGAAUUCGUAUUUGUUCUGGAUUGCGCUGGUUCUGUUGAUUGUUUGCCUGAUCGCUAUGGCCUGCUGCCCGGACGUCCGCCGCACCGCGCCCACUAACUUCAUAUUCCUGUUCAUCUUCACACUAGCCCAGAGCUUCCUGCUCGGCGUCGCCACCAGCGUCUACGACGUGUCUGAGGUGAUGAUGGCCGUGGGCAUAACGGCGGGUGUCAGCCUGGCUCUCACACUCUUCGCCUUCCAGACGAAAUGGGACUUCACCAUGAUGGGUGGGGCGCUAGUCGCCGCCACCAUGGUGCUUCUGCUAUUCGGACUAAUAGCGAUAUUCAUACCGCGGAACAACAUCGUCACUUUGGUGUACGCGGCCUUUGGCGCUUUGCUGUUCUCGCUGUACUUAGUGUACGAUACGCAGCUGAUGAUGGGCGGCAAGCACAAGUACAGCAUAUCGCCCGAGGAGUACAUAUUCGCGGCCCUGAACCUCUAUCUGGACAUCAUCAACAUCUUCCUCUUCAUCCUCACAAUCAUCGGUGCAUCGAAG